AUGCGAGGUCGAGGAAGGAGCCAGCAAGAAGGAGGUACCUGCCGCCCUGCCGCCCUGCCACACAGUGUCAAGAAGGUUCCCAUCUCGAGCAGCGGGUCUGAGCUAGCCAAAAUCGAUCACCCGCAGGUACGUACUGACUGGUAUCUCUACAAUUCCCCACACUUUCUCCAGGUGCAGAUCCACUUGAUGACCUAUGCGACUGCCAGUCAGAGCCAGGUAGUCAGGCCAGGCCGGGCCGCGCAGGGGCAGGGGUCGUGGAUAGUGGGGCCGCAUAUGUGCUGA